AUGAAAGGUCUCAUCUUGUUAGCCAUUCUUGGCUUGGCCUCCGCUGCAGUCCACCAACACAACAUCCAAUGGAGAGAGUCCCUCAGAAUGGAGAUGAUCCGUAACGGAGAGUAUGCCGCAUACCUCGAGUAUCAAGACACCCUCCGCAGAGCCUCCCCAGACGUUCUUGCCAGUCUUCAAGAGAAUGUCAACGACUUUGGAGACUACGAAUACCUCGGAAACAUCACCAUUGGAACCCCAGAGCAGAGCUUCAUCGUUGUUUUGGACACCGGAUCAUCCAAUCUUUGGAUUCCAGGACCAACUUGCUCAACCAACUGCCAAAAGAAGCACAAGUUCGAUUCGACCAAAUCCAGCACUUUCGUGAAGAACGGAAAGUCAUGGACCAUUCAGUACGGAUCUGGAGAUGCUGCUGGAAUCCUUGGAGAGGACACUGUUAGAUUCGGAGCCGCUGGACAACCCCAACUCCCAGUUCCAAAGACCACCUUCGGAAUUGCGAGCAAGAUCUCUGCUGACUUCAAGCGUGACGCCACCGAUGGAAUCCUCGGACUCGCCUUCACCUCCCUCGCCGUCGACGGAGUCGUCCCACCACUUAUCAACGCUAUCAACCAAAAACUUCUUGACCAACCACUCUUCACUGUCUGGCUUGAGCACAGAGGAGCCCUCAACAACGUCGGAGGAGGAGUCUUCACCUACGGAGCCAUUGACACUAAGAACUGCGGACCAGUCGUCGGAUACCAGCCACUUUCCUCUGCUACUUACUACCAAUUCAAGGUUGCUGGAUUCAAGCUUGGAUCUUACUCGAGUACCAAGGCCGCUGAAGUUAUCUCCGACACCGGAACCUCCUUCAUCGGAGGACCAUCCAGUGUGAUCAGUGGACUCGCCAAGGCCGCUGGAGCCAAGUACAACGCUUUGGAGGGAGCCUACACUAUCGCCUGCAACGCUCAACCAGGACCAUUGGAUAUCACCAUUGGAUCCCAUGUCUACUCGAUCCAACCAAUCAACUACAUCGUGAACGCUGGAAAUGGACAAUGCUUGUUCGCCGCUUUCCACUUCGCCUCCGGAGGUUUCGGACCAGCUUGGAUUCUUGGUGAUCCAUUCAUCAGACAAUACUGUAAUAUCUAUGAUAUCGGAGGAAAGAGAAUGGGAUUCGCUCCAUCUCUUCAGAAGUAA